UGAAAUGGCAAAUAGCUAAGCUAUAUAGCCUUUCUUCGUGUCGCUCGUCCCAUGCCAUCCACUUCUUCUUGGACACACACUCCCUCUCUCCCUAUCCUCCUUUUUUCCCUCCUCUCAUUUCUUUUCCGACCCGACCCAAACACACAAUUAUAACCAUAUUAUUCCAUUCCCUUGUAACCACCCCCUCGCUCUCUCUCCCCAAAACAUGAAAAUCACCUCCCUUAUUUACACUGUCGGUCACUCUAUCGCUUUCCAUGUUCCUCUUUUAAAUAUUUCUGUUUCUUCCUCACCCUAGUGCUCGCUGCUAAAACGGUGUCGGAUUGGAGUUGAAAAGGAGUCAAUGAUGUUGGAUCUUAACUUGAGUGCGGUUUCUGGUGAUUCGUCAACGACAGGGAAGAAUAAUAAGCACAAGCAGAAGAAGAUUCUAGAGCUUUCCAACCCUCCACUGGAAAGUUCUGGCAGCUUCGAUUCUUCUUCCAUAGUCAAUGCUGAUGGCUGUGGUGAUGAGGACUCUUGCUCCAACGGAGACCUUUUUGCCUACAAUUUCAGUAUCUUGUCAAAUGAAAUCAGCGUCAAGAAGACCGUUGAUUGUGAUAAUUAUAAUAAUGAUGAUGGUGAUGACAGUGGAGAUCGAACGAUCCAGCUUUUUCCAGUUGCGUGUGGGAUCAAGAAUGUGGGAGGAGAGUCUCAGUCUUCUUCGACGAUGCAGAUGCAGUGGUCGGGUGUCGGUGAGUGCAGGGAUCAAGGUUCCCCUUCGGAGAACGGGAUCGUGGCUCAACAAAAGCCAGUGAAGAAGAGUCGGCGUGGGCCCAGGUCGAGAAGCUCCCAGUAUAGAGGAGUCACGUUUUAUCGGAGAACUGGAAGAUGGGAAUCUCAUAUCUGGGAUUGUGGAAAGCAAGUUUACUUGGGGGGAUUUGAUACUGCACAUGCUGCAGCUAGGGUGUAUGAUCGAGCCGCCAUUAAGUUCCGUGGAGUUGACGCUGAUAUCAACUUUAACGUUACUGAUUAUGAUGAGGAUAUUAAGCAGAUGCGUAAUUUCACAAAGGAAGAAUUUGUGCAUAUCCUACGUCGUCAGAGCACUGGAUUCUCGAGGGGCAGCUCAAAAUAUAGAGGAGUGACGCUGCACAAAUGUGGGCGAUGGGAGGCUCGUAUGGGGCAGUUCCUGGGGAAGAAGUACAUUUAUCUUGGGCUAUUCGAUAGCGAGACAGAAGCUGCAAGGGCUUAUGACAAGGCUGCCAUUAAAUGCAAUGGAAGGGAAGCAGUUACCAACUUUGAGCCAAGCACGUAUGAAGGAGAGAUACUUUCUGAGCCUAACAAUGGAGACGGCAACCAAAAUCUUGACCUGAACUUGGGAAUUGCUCCCCCUGAUACAUCUGAUGGCCUAAAGGUAAACAGCAACAUGGGUGGUUUUUAUUUCCAGAGUGGCUGGGAUGGCUUGUCUAUUGAUAGGGCACCAAAGAUUCUGAACUCUGCUUCUGCAACGAUGAAAAAUCAACAACCUAAUGGCCCUGGAAUGACAUCUGUACACCCUCCUACGUGGGAUGGUGUAAAUCAUCACAUCUUUCCCAUCUAUGAGGAAAGAGCAAUAGAGAAGAGAAUGGAAGUAGAUUCCUUCCCAAAUUGGACCAGGCAAAUUCAAGGCCCUUAUGGUGGCGGAGCAAAUCCACUGCCUCUCUUCUCUACUGCAGCAUCAUCAGGAUUCGCUUCUUCAGCAAUUAUGGCACCUUCAGCAGCUGCCGGUCAACUUCAGUUUCCAAGUUCCACAAUCCUCCACCGUUUUCCUCCAUUUACCAACCCCAGCAACAUCUCGCAAUUCUACUGUAGAAGCUGAAUGGUAUAGUACAGCCACAAUCCAGAACCUUUUCUUGUACGAAGGAAAGAAAUGGGUAGGCAAACAAACAAAGAGCCAAAAGUGCCAAGUCACAUUCACGUGUUAACUUCAAUUCCAUACAAGGAUCAUUAUAUUCUGCAUUCAUCUGUCUUGUAAAGCUUAUUGAACUGGAGAUUUUUGGCAUUGAUGGUACGAGUAAAUCUCAUUGUUAUUGCCUCUUUGACGAGUGCAGUCCCAUCAGCAUGCUGUGCCUAUGCUUUUGUUUUCCUCAUCAUGAAUGUGCUUAAUGCAUAGCCUUCUGAGAUGGAAAACAGGAGAACGAAAGAGUAUUUUUCUGCAGAACUCCAGGAAAUUUGAUUUUGUAUUUACAGAUGCUUUAAGAUACAGUAAAACAACAGUUCUAUAUUUGAAUGUAUAAACCUAAAUCAAUAUGCAUGCCAAAAUUAUAUAAUGCAUGUACAAGCAAAGUUCCUCGUGUA